AAGAAAAAAGGAAUCCAGGGAUCUGAGUCAGCAGCAACGGCGGCUUCAGUCUGCUUCUCCUCCUCCUCGACUUCCGUGGAUCGAUUUCAGCUCUGAUCACCAUACAAUCCACACGUUCACGUUGAUCAAUGACCAUGCAUGAGUCUACAUCACAAUAGGAAGCAGCCUGUGUGAAGCAAAAGCCGAAGCACAGAGGAGAGAAGAGUCGGUCUCGAUGAGCUCACCACGUGUCCCUAUACUAAACAUUUACCACAAAGCUUCAUGUCCGUCCGAGUCUCAGCCAUGAGUGUUCUUCCUCCUGUCCGAAAGGACCGUAUCGUUGCUCAGCUCCCUCAGUAUUUCAGGAAGGAGGCAGCCUUCCACACGGAGGAGGACUUCAACAGUAAAGUGAGGACGGCCUGUCAGGAGCAGCGUACUGGCACUGUGGGCAGAUUUAAAAUCUCAAAGGUCAUUGUUGUGGGUGACCUGGCUGUGGGGAAAACCUGUCUGAUUAAUAGAUUUUGCAAAGAUGCUUUUGAUAAAAACUACAAGGCAACGAUCGGUGUUGACUUUGAGAUGGAGCGCUUUGAAGUGCUGGGCAUUCCCUUCAGCCUUCAGCUCUGGGACACUGCAGGCCAAGAGAGGUUCAAGUGCAUCGCCUCCACGUACUACAGAGGAGCCCAAGUUGUGAUUAUCGCGUUUGAUGUAAACGACGUGGCCUCUUUGGGCCAUGUGAGACAGUGGCUUGAAGACGCCCUGAAAGAGAACGACCCCACCGCGGUUCAGCUGUUCCUUGUUGGCACAAAGAAAGACCUGAGCUCUCCUGCACAGUAUUCUCAGAUCGAACAAGAUGCCAUCAAAAUAGCACAAGAGAUCAGCGCAGAGUAUUGGGCCGUGUCGUCGCUCACUGGGGAAAACGUCAAUGAGUUUUUCUUUCGAGUUGCAUCAGUGGCCUUUGAGACCAACGUUCUUGCUGAGUUGGAGAAAAGUGGAUCGAGGCAAAUUGGGGGCGUCGUCAGAAUUAAUAGCACUUCAAACAAUGUGCAUGCUUCAUCAAAGAAGAAGCAGCCAAACUGCUGCCAGUAAGGAUGGCAGCAGAGGUUUAAAGUCAAAGGUACAGACUGAAAAUGAGGGAAAAGACUGGAGGUAUUUCUGUGGUCAAGGCAGGACGAGGGACGAUGUUUGACUUCAGUUUUUCCUGGCAGAGAAAGAAUUUUCCCCUGUGGGAUGUGGAUGCUUGUGGUAUUGCUCAGUUUAACUUGUCUGGAGUUAUUGAGCGACGAAGCAAUUCCACACAAAAUGACUGUUCUGUUACUGCAAAGAUGCCAAAGAGUGACUGGAUGUUUUUGUGUGUGGGUGCUUAAAUAUUUAGUCUCGCUGCUGUAUUUUGUUUAACAAUUAAGAUUUCUCUUCAACUUCAAACAUCAUCGUUGCUAUUGUUGUUGUAGAUGCAGAUUACUUUUCAUCUAAAGUAUAUUCUUC